CCCGCCCGCCGGAGGAGACCAAAGACUGGAAAGAGCUUAGCUUGUAGCGGCAGAGCGCUGCCACGGCUGCUUCCCACCAUGUAGUGGUGGGUCAUUCUAGAACUUCCGGUCUGGUUGCAACGUCGAGCAUUUGCAAGCAUUUGCAAUCAUGGUCACCUCAAAGACUCGACAUUCCCAUCGCAAUGCUGUCACUUUUGCCCUACAACAUUUCCUUUCUCUAAUACCUAAUGACAUCACGCUCCUAGCUGUAUCUUUAUCCUGCUCUUUAGGCUCACGGGGUAGUCCUUGUUCCUGGCUAUGAUAUCAUCUAGCACCCCUGCCAUCGAGGGCAGGGCGCCAUCUCAACCCCAAUCCGAUUCUAGACCGAGGAACUCCAAUUCACUUGAUAUCAGCAACUCAGAUACUUCGAGGCCGAAUAGCAUAGGCAGCCGAAGCACGAAGCAACCCGGACCUGAUACCCGCAGUGAACAUGAAGUCGUGAAUGUCGAUUUGCGCCAGGAUGACCUCCCCGACUCCCAACUCGACGGCUUCUCAGAUGCCCAAGAACGACGUAUCCGCCGCAAGGUAGACUUUCGGCUUUGCACAAUCGCAGGAAUCCUAUGCAGUCUCAACCUCCUCGACAGUGGUGUUCUCUCGAGCGCCGCCGUCACAUCCAUGCCAUCGGAUUUGGGACUUGACCACGGCAACCGCUUUUCCGUCUCCAUCUUCAUCUUUACCGUAGCGAGCAUUAUCUUCCAGCUUCCUUCGACCAUUGCCGUACGCACUUUGGGUCCCCGCAUCUGGUUUAGCUUCAUAACCUUCUCCUUUGGCAUCAUCACUCUUUCGACCGGAUUCAUCAAGAACUGGAAGGAGAUGAUUGUCCUCCGCGUCUUUCUCGGCGCCACAUCUUCUGGCAUCUACCCCGGCCUCUCCUACCUUAUCAGCUGUUGGUAUCCGCGUCGCGAACAGCAAGUCCGGUUUGCUUUCAUGCAGAGCGGCGAGGUCAUCAUCCUUGCAACCGGAAGCCUGGUCAACUAUGGUCUCCAGCAGCGCAACGGCGGCGCAGGCCUGGAGGGAUGGCGAUGGAUGUUUAUUGUGCAAGGCCUGUGCACCUGCGUGCUGGGUAUCGCGACAUACUGGUGGAUCGUCGACUUCCCGGAGAACUCCCACAAGAGCUUCUGGUUCCUGACGGAGGAAGAAGCUGACAUCGCCUCACGCCGCAUCGAAAAGGACCGCGGAGACCUCAUAGCCCAAAAGUUUAGUCUGAUGGCCGUCCUUGUCCAUGCCAAGGACUUCAAAAUCUGGGUGUUCGCCUGCCUCUUCUUCAUGCAGAACGUCGUCUCGACAGCCCUGGCGUACUUUGUGCCCAUCAUCUUGGAGAAUGGCCUAGGCUAUUCGCCCAACCAGGCAAUCAUUCUCUCGGCUCCGCCUUACUACUAUGCAGUCGUCCCGGUCAUCUUGUCUUCUGUGGUUGCUGAUCGGUUCCGGAUCAGGGCCCCCAUUAUUAUCUUCAAUGCUCUUUGCAUGAUCACAGGCUUUGCCAUCCUUGGAUUUGCCGAGAAUUCCGGAGCCCGCUAUUUUGGAGUGUUCCUCUCCACGGGAGCAUACGUGGCUAAUUGGGCGGCCUUGACUGCGUAUCAAGCCAACAAUGUCGUUGGACAAUGGAAGCGUGUUUUCACCGCUGCUGCGUGCACCAUGUUCAACGGUGCCGGCGGUAUUGCUGGCAGCUACAUUGUCCGCAAUGUUGAAGCUCCGAGAUAUACGACGGCUGUCUGGGUCUCGAUAGGGUCCCAUAUUCUGAUGAUCUCACUCGUUGGUGUUCUUACGAUUUACUUUUACUUCCGGAACAACCGGGCUGCGCGCACGAACGGGGCCGUUGAAAGAACCGCCGGGUUCCGAUAUACAUACUAGUUAUUCUUGGUUACACAUCCAUUGCCUUCCGAUAUACCCAUUUGCCGAUUAUAUACCCUCGAACAUUGCAUGUUUAGAUGAGCGUUUGGUCACUACAAAUUGGAUGCAGUAAUACCUGUACAUAUUUCAGGCUAUUUGCAGAGCAAAUAAGGCGUUUACUCCGCGUGCACCUCCCUUUUCUUAUACGUGCACCAAUAAUGCCGCCUUGGUCUAUCUUUGUUUACUUGCCCCCUUUUUAUAGCUUUAAGUUUCACGACAACGGAAGC